CUAACUUGCGCGGAGCUCAUGACUUUACACUUGACCUGAGCUGAAAAGCGCCAUGUGGAGCCGAGCAGGCGGUUUGAGGAGAUUGCAACGUAUAUGCAGCCUUUCCAGCUACCACAUGCGGUCGUCUUUACCCCGCAUUCUCCAUUAUUCAAGAAGUUGCACAACUUCUUCUCACAUGGAGGUGUCACGGGAGGUUGCUAAUGCUGUUGCUAUGGGAUACCCAGUAGUUGCCUUGGAGACGACCCUUGUGACCCACGGCUUACCUUACCCGGACAACAUAAACAUUGCUAGGGAAAUGGAGGAGAUAGUCCGAUCUAAUGAUGUCAUACCAGCCACCAUAGGGGUACUGGAUGGAAAAAUUUACGUCGGUAUGACAAACGAUCAGUUGGAGCAACUGGCAGAUAUGGCUCACGUUGGCAAAGCUGUCAAGAUAUCUCGUCGAGACCUUGCCCAUACUAUCUCCCAGGAGAAGAGUGGAGGAACUACAGUGGCAGCCACUAUGAUGUGUGCAGAGCGUGCGGGGGUCAAGAUUUUUGUCACUGGGGGGCUGGGCGGGGUUCACAGAGGGGGAGAAACAACUAUGGACGUGAGUGCUGAUGUCGUGGAACUGGGACGAACGCCAGUGGCAGUGGUGUGUGCUGGAAUAAAGUCAAUUCUGGACAUUGGGAGGAGCCUAGAGGUUCUAGAAACUGAGGGAGUCGCCGUGGCAACACUAGGGGAAUCCCCAGAUUUUCCUGCAUUUUUCUCGCGAUCUAGUGGCUACAAGGCUCCAUUUUGUGUUGAGUCUGAGACUGCAGCUGCAAGGCUAAUAGACGUGAGUAUCGGUCUCGGCGUCGGGUCCGGAGUGGUGAUAGCAGUGCCCAUCCCGGAGGAGCUGAGUGCUGAAGGGAGAGAAGUGGAGGAGGCCAUUCAGGUGGCUCUGCAGGCUGCUGAGUCGGAAGGGAUAAAGGGCAAAGAAGUGACGCCAUAUGUCCUCCAGAGAGUGAACCAACUAACUGGAGGGAAAUCACGUCAAGCAAGUAAACCCUCCCCCCUUUUCUUGCAUCGAUCA